AGUGCUUUCUUUGGGACGCCUUGGCUGCUCGUGGUGCCGUCUUUGCCGUCAGGUCCUUGUUUGUGCGUUUUAAUCAGCGAUUGGAAAAUAACAGGUAGCGCUGUUCGUCUGUCUCGUACUCAUACUCACCUGGGAGGAUCGGGGGCUAAAACGUGCCGAAUCGCCCCUUUCCUCACGGCGUCUGGCUUCCUGUGUGCACCCGAGAAGAAGCGGUGGGCCAGUGUGGAGCAGCCGGGUUGUUCCCAGCGUGUUCGUACACAGUGUCACCGCCGCUGCUGGCUGCUUUCAUGGGGCUACCGUCCGCCCGUCUCGCCGCGUCUGAAGUCGCGAUCGUGGCAUGGAUUUGCGUUUGAAUUCCGACCCCCAGUAACCCUCAUGGUGGAUAUGGAAUGGUGCAUGCAGCUGUGCCAAGUUUUCAGCCGCUGAAAAACCCCGGAAUCAUGGACAGUCAUCCGCUGUGCACUAGACUGUGUCCACACUCUCUGAGUGACAAAGAGGACGGAGUGGAGAGGCAGGGUCCUGUGACGCUAAACCCUCGGCACAUGAGGAAGGCUUUCAAAGUCAUGAACGAGCUGCGCAGCCAGAGUCUGCUGUGUGAUGUCACCAUAGUAGCAGAGGACGUGGAGAUAUCUGCCCACAGAGUGGUUCUAGCAGCUGGGAGCCCCUACUUCCAUGCCAUGUUCACAGGGGAGAUGACUGAGAGCCGAGCCAAGAGAGUGAGGAUUAAGGAGAUGGAUGGCUGGACUCUGGGACUGCUGGUGGACUACAUUUACACAGCAGAGAUCCAGGUCACAGAGGACAAUGUGCAGGCUCUGCUGCCUGCUGCUGGCCUGCUCCAGCUGACCGAGGUGAAAAAGGCUUGUUGUGAGUUCUUGAGCUCCCAGCUUCAUCCGUCCAACUGUCUGGGAAUCCGAGCCUUCGCUGACCUGCACGCCUGCUCCCAGCUGCUCGCCCAGGCCAACAGCUACGCAGAGCAACAUUUUACAGAAGUAGUUGGAAGUGAAGAGUUCCUUAAUUUGGGUAUGGAGCAAGUGUCAAGCCUCAUCGCUAGUGAUAAGCUCACUAUCCCCACAGAAGAGAAGGUUUUUGAGGCUGUAAUAGCUUGGGUAAACCAUGAUAAGGAUGUUCGUCAAGAACAUUUGGCUCAUCUGAUGGAACAUGUUCGCCUGCCCCUUCUGUCCAGAGAAUAUCUUGUGCAACGCGUGGAGGAGGAGUCUCUGAUUAAAAACAGCAGUGCAUGCAAAGACUACCUGAUCGAGGCUAUGAAAUAUCAUCUGCUACCGGCCGAUCAGAGAGCUUUGAUGAAAACUGCACGCACUCGGAUGAGGACCCCAGCCUGCUGUCCCAAGGUAAUGGUCGUAGUUGGAGGACAAGCUCCCAAGGCCAUCAGAAGUGUGGAAUGUUACGACUUUGAGGAGCAGAGGUGGUACCAAGUUGCUGAGCUUCCCACGAGAAGAUGCAGAGCAGGUGUUGUGUACGUGAGCGGCUGUGUAUAUGCUGUUGGUGGCUUCAAUGGCUCUUUACGAGUUCGGACAGUGGAUUGUUAUGACCCUAUGAUGGACCGCUGGACCAGUGUGAACAGUAUGCAGGAUCGCCGCUCCACGCUCGGAGCAGCCGUGAUGAAUGGACUGCUGUACGCUGUGGGGGGCUUCGAUGGCAGCACAGGUCUGUCCACAGUUGAAGCCUACAAUUCCAAAACAGACGAGUGGUUCCAUGUUCUCCCCAUGAGCACUCGCCGUAGCAGUGUGGGAGUUGGCGUUGUCAAUGGAAUCCUCUAUGCUGUUGGAGGUUAUGAUGGGGCAACAAGGCAAUGUCUGAGCACGGUAGAAGCGUACAAUCCUAAAAGUAACACAUGGAGCUACAUCGCCGAGAUGGGCACAAGACGGAGUGGAGCAGGAGUGGGAGUGUUGAAAGGUUUACUAUAUGCUGUGGGGGGACACGACGGCCCCUUGGUUCGGAAAAGCUGUGAAGUUUAUGACCCUGCCUCUAACAGCUGGCGGCAGGUCGCGGACAUGAACAUGUGUCGGAGGAAUGCAGGUGUGUGCGCGGUAAACAACCUGCUGUAUGUGGUGGGAGGAGAUGAUGGCAGCUGCAAUUUAGCCUCUGUGGAGUUUUACAAUCCUGGCACAGACAAGUGGACCCUGCUUCCUACAUGCAUGAGCACAGGGAGAAGUUAUGCAGGUGUAACCGUGAUAGACAAACCCUUAUGACUGAUGGGGACUCCUGACACCGACUCAGAGUAGAAUGUAUUCUCACAUUGAAUACUGAUCUUGGAUCUGUCGAAGAUGCCAAUGAUUGGAUGUUGGGCAGCACUAGCACAGGCACCAAUGAAGAUGAAGAAUGACAAGAAUGUUGAAGAUUUUUGCACUUACCGAAGAAGAAGAUGGAUCAAAGUGGGUGUUAUACCCAUGUUUUAAUGCCCUUGUGGCAGGACUGCAGUUGUGACUGGCCGAACCAGUUUUAGCACCACUGUACCACUGUAGUGCCAUGGAAAUGCUACUGAUAUGAAGCUACUAAAACUGCAAAGAUACAUUAACAUUCAUGAUGUUACCAUGAACCAGCUCUGACAAAGACCACUGAACUAUUUAAGGAAGAGGAAGGCCAAAGGACCACUUGGGACUGAACUGUUUCUCCUUUGUUCCACCUGAUUGUAUGCGUGUGUAUGUGUGUAUGUAUGUGUGUAUCUGUGUGUGUGCUUGCAUUACAGGUGCUCUUUGCUUGCACAGGUGAGCAUGUGUUAGUGCUCUGUGCUCUGUACUGUGAGUCUGGUGUGGUGGUGACUCCCUGUCUGACAGCGCAUGUCUGACCUUUGACCUUUACAGUGUUUCAGUGUGGCUGUGGAGAGCCUGAAUGUCGCUUCCUCUUCCUGCUCUUGAACCUUGUUAUGCCUCAGUACUGUUAUGGGAUGAAGUAUGGUUCCAGACAGUUUUUGUUUUGGGAUGAAGAAAUACUUUUAAAGACAGAGGUUUGUGUUGGUUGAGAUAGCCUGCAUGAUUCCAGAACUGUCAAAUGAAAAGCAAGAAGAUGCUUAUAAUAUUGUAUAUUUAUUUAUAAAAGACUGUAACUGGAAUAUUGAUUGUUCUGGUUAAAGAUCAGUACUUCCUGUUGCCAAAAGCAUUGACUGAGAGGGAGAGGUGUAUUAAAGUGAGCAGCCAUUUGGAUCAGCACCAUGUGGUCACAUGGCAGCGUUCUGUGCCAUUCAUGACAAGACGCCUGAACUUGAUGCAUGUCCCUAACUCUCUUCUGUCCUCUCUGACAGUACUCUGUCCUUGGUGUAGCAACUGUAUAACUGCACACCCUGACGUACUAUGAAUGUGCCAAUUUUCUAGCUCUAUCUCCUCAUUUUGACCAUAUUUACAUGACAAAUGUGUUCUCUCUUUCUGCAAAGUGACCAAACCUACUGUUAGCAUUUACUCCUGUAUCUUUCUUACUUUUCCUGCUAUAUUGAAAUUGCUAUAGUACCUGGUAUCGCUGUUCUCGUCAGUGUAUUUAGGAAUGUCAUGUAAGCUAAUGACUAUGAAUCAUUUCAUUACUUGUUUUAUAAUAUCAUUAAUGAAUAUGCUUCUUGUAUUUAAAGCUGUGAAAUGAUAAAUGCUGUUUUUAAACUUUGCCAAAUCAGUAAAAUAAUGAAAAGAA